AUGCUCGCAACACCACGCCUCCCCCCUCGCAUCCAGCCAUCGCGAUGCUUCACCACGUCCUCCAUCCGCAAAGACGACCAAUCGCGAGCCAAAGCCGGUGGUCUCAAAGAAGUCUUCAACCGACCCGAGAUCACCCCGCUCUUCCUCUUCACGGGCGCCAUCAUCAGUCUCGCCGUCUUCUUCCUCGGCAAACAUCUCGUUAAAGACAAGGAGCUGCAGCUCGAUCACCACCAGGCACAGCGCUUCAAGACCAAGACCGAGGACCUCGAUUUCGAUGAGAUGGCCAAGGUCGCCGACGAUCCCGAUGGAAAGUUGACCAAGGAGGCCAUCGAGGAGGACAAGAAGAGGAAGCAGAGGUUGGAGGGCAUCCGAGAAGAGAAGCAGGAGAAGGCCAAGAGCAAGGUCUGA